AUGAACAAUAAAUCUCCGGCAAGAUGGGACAUCGAGUCAACAGACAGCUUUUGGGUUAGGGGGGUCGGAUUUUGGCGCUGCUUCAUCGGUCUCUGCAUCCCCAUCCUCCUCUCGGCGUUCGAAGGGAGCGUGGUCAGUACGGCACUCCCCACCAUUUCUCAAUCUUUGGGCCUCGGUCCGAACUCAUCAUGGGUGGCCACGGCAUUUCUGUUGGCGUCCAUCGUGUUCCAGCCGCUGUAUGGGCAGCUCGCAGACAUUUGGGGGCGGCGACAUCUGAUGAUGGUGGCUGUGGUUGUGUUCGGCGUCGGCAGUGCCAUCGCCGGGUUCGCUCGCAACUGCGCUGUUUUGGUGUUUGGCCGCAUUGUUCAAGGCAUGGGCUCCGGUGGGAUCGACCUAUUUGCCGAGCUGAUUCUCUGCGACAUCAUCCCCUUGAAGAAGAGGGGUCACUAUGUGGCCAUCAAGGCGGCCGUCUACGCGCUGGGCACCACUGUCGGGCCGCUCCUUGGCGGCAUCUUUGCGCAGACGAACUGGAGAUGGUGUUUCGGGAUCAACCUGCCCAUCUGCAUCAUCGCUCUUGUUCUGAUGUGGUUCUGGCUCCAACUCAGCAGCGGCAAGUCGUGGCAGGGCCUCUCGGUGCUCCAGCAAAUCGGGCGCGUCGACUACGUCGGCCUCGUCCUCCUCACCGCCUCGGUCGUCUUGAUCCUUUGCGCCCUGACGUUGGCCGGCACCGUCUUCUCGUGGUCGGACCCCACCAUCUUGGUUGCGCUCGCGGGCGGCAGCUCCGGCGUCCUCGCCUUCAUCUUGUGGGAACGGUCUCAGCGAUGUGCGCAUCCCAUCAUGGCUCCACGCGUAUUCUCCAACCGGACCACGAUCGCGGCCAUGAUCAUCACCACAGUCCACGGCUUUAUAACCUACGGAUAUCAGUUCUACCUGCCGCCCUUCUUCCAAGCGGUGCUCGCGGCCUCUCCGGCGCAGUCGGGUGUCCUUAUCCUGCCCUGCAGCCUCACCAUUGUUAUCCUGGCCGCGGUCGGCGGCCCACUGCUGGCCAGGUUUGGGAAAUACCGGCUGAUGCACCGGGUGGGCUUCGCCCUGAUGGUUGCCGGCUUGCUGCCCUGCAUCACCUUCCAGGACUCCGGAUCGGUGGUGCUGUGGAUAUUGUUGUCGUUCCUGGUUGGGGUUGGCUCGGGAAUCAUUGUCUCGACCACGUUGCCCACUGUGCUCGUUGAGCUAACCGACAAGGAAAAUGCCGCCGCCACCGGGUCGUGGGCGUUUCUGCGAGGAUUAGGCUCCCUCCUGGGAGUUGCGAUACCGAAUGCUGUGUUCAAUGCGCAGUUUUCGGCGGUACUUGACUCUAUCCAGGAUGCCCGCGCCAAAGCGGAGCUGAGCAACGGGCAGGCGUACCAACACGCAUCCGCGGCCUUCAUCGCAGAGUUCAAGGAUCAGGUCAGGAAUCAGAUCCUUGGAGCAUUUACUGCAAGUUUCAAGCUAGUCUGGAUCAUCUUCCUGGGGAUGGCGGUAUUGGGCUUGCUUACGACCUUCCUGGAACGACAGGUUCAUCUGCGGAAGGACUUGGAUAGCGAGUAUGGCCUAAAGGAUCAUCAAUGA